AUGGAAGGACGCUGCCAAUGCGGUCUAAUCCGCUUCACCACCCCUCUGGCCCGCCCUCUAAAAAUCUACAUCUGCCACUGCACCGAAUGCCGGCACCAAUCCGCCUCCGCCUACGGGGUAACGGCCAUCUUCCCGAGUUUCGAAAUCCCGGAUCCAGAACCCACUGCCUCCCAUGCCCCCGCCACUAACUACGACCCUGCAACUUCACCGGCCAUCGGCACCCACACGCGCCAGACGCUUUCCGACAAAACUCUGGAAUGUCUAUUUUGCAAGCAGUGCGGGGUACGCUUGGUGCACCGCGUGCGCGGGGCGGAUUAUUUAAGCGUCAAGGCUGGGUGUCUCGAGGGGCUGGACAAGGAGAUGAUGGUGGGUGCCAUACACAUCUGGUGCAAGGAGGCGGUUGUAGAGAUCCCGGAGGGCGUGGAACGGUGGGAGGAGGAGCCUGAUCGGGAAUCGUUGGACUGA